UGACGGUGGGUGGGGAAAACCGCACCUGUUACAACGGUGGAGCUUAUAGUCUACGACGUGAAACAACAAAGGACAGUGUUCUUCAACAGGGAAGUGGUCGAAGCAGAGCCUACGCACUUCUAAAUUGAUAAGUUUUGCUUGUUAAAAAAAACGUUUUACUUGGUUUGAUCAGGAAACGAAUCAAGGAGUUUAAUUGUGAGGUAAGGCUGAGGACAGAGACAGGUAGAACAACAACCAUGGCUCAGGUGUUGAGCGGCGGCAUAUUGUGCCUCUUCGUCGUGUUCGUCACAUCUCAGGUGCAGGAGGGAAUAGGGGGAUGCGCGUGGGACACAGAAGCCGACCCCGAACAGGGUCUAGAGCCGAUGUCCUACGAAAACGGAGCCCGUAACCUGGCUCACUUACCGGAGAUAACCGACAUGGAAGGGUGUCAGAGGGCUUGCUGCAACAACAAGGACUGCCAGCUCGCUAUGAUCGGUAGACCAGCAGACGGAAUGGCUCAGUGCUACCUGGUGACCUGCAUUAAAGACGGCCAAGACGUUUGCACUCUGGGGCCCUCGACGCAGUUCCAGGUCUACCGUAAAACAUCCGAGCGUCAACACACCCCGAGAAUCCAAGUAGUUGGCCUCAGCGACAGCGAAACGAGGGUAACCAAUUCAACAGAUCAGUGCCUCCAGCCCAUGUUUGUGGGCAGGUGCCGUGCUUCCCACCGCAGGUUCUAUUACCACGCCGCCAACGGCUCCUGCAAGACCUUCAUCUACGGCGGCUGCAACGCCAACGGCAACAACUUCCAGUCUCAGGAGGAGUGUGAGAAGACCUGCUCCGGGGUCACAGGCCCUGUUGUGAGUAAGGAGGCCUAUCCUGGUACGCCUGAACCUUCUGCAGACUCGAAGCCUGGCGCUGGGCCCGUCCAGGCCUCCGCCCGGGGCAGAAUGUCCGGGCCCCUGCGCCUGGAGGACCAAGCUGUAGAACAAGACGUCCAUAAGGAGGGGCAGUCUGACUACGCAGAGCGCUGCCAGGCCAAGACGGAGGUGGGACCAUGCCGGGCGUCUAUGAGACGCUUCCACUACGACUUUGCCACGCAAACAUGCCAGCCUUUCAUCUUCGGAGGCUGCAGUGGCAACAGCAACAACUAUCACACGGAGGAGGAUUGCAUGAGCUCCUGCACAGUGUCCGUCAGUACCUCCAAGAAGGGUCCUGCUGUUGCCAACCAACAAUACAUAGACAGCUGCGUGGUUCCUUAUGAUGCGGGGCCGUGCAGGGCGUCCUUCCCCAUGUUCUACUUCGACUCCGUCUCCCAGACCUGCCGCCCCUUCACCUACGGAGGUUGCCGAGGCAACAGCAACAGUUACAGCUCCGCGGCCGAGUGCCUGUCUCGCUGCACCGGGGAUCAGGGUCGCUUCGAGCUCUUGAACGCCGAUGUACAUGGUUGGUGGGUGCCAGCGCUCUUUGUCGUGGGCACACUGGUGGCUCUCACCGUCCUGGUGCUGGCCGGCCUGAUCGUGGUCACGGCGCUCCGCACCCGCUGCCAGCGCCACUCCUCCCACGGCGACAAGGAGGAGCUGCUGACCAGGCAGACCUCGCUGGAGACCCUGGCCCAGGACGAGAGCACCAAGGCGGUCGGCAUCUGAGGAAAGACCCCAGGCUGCGUCUGGGCUCCAGAGGCCUACAGAUGCGUUGGUGGUCUGAUGUUGUUCUGGUGGUGGGAGUGUGUGAUGUGGAUUUUUAAAAUGUUUUAAUUUUUUUGCGUUUUUUUGCUUUCAAGAUCUUAGAUUGCAAACCAACUGUAGCCUACUGACCUUUUUGACCUUUUUUUUUAAAUCCACUUAAUGGAUGGAUGUUCUUGACACUGUGUUUAUAAGAGAAAAGUGAAGAUAGUUUGAGAUUCUCUCAUCCGCCUUGAGAGAAGGACAGCCUCAGCUACUUAACCACUGGAAGGAGACAACCGCAUAUUCAAUGAAAGGAUUUGAUCAUCUUUUAAAAAUUAAUUUGGGAAGGAUGAAAUGAAUAUAUUUUACUAUACUACGAUUGGGUGAAGGUGAUCGCUCACUGCAAUGUUUUCCUGUUUUUAAACCUUUAUUAUUCUAUAGUUUCCUUUUUUGCACUAAUAAAAUACUACUGAGUUUGUACAACACAGCACACACUUAACAUUACAAUACUUAUUAAUACAGGAACCAGAAGCCUUGUGUUUCCUGUGAGAUGGACCUCUAAGCCAAGCAGACCGUUACAUACAUGCACACAGAUAUUCAGUCACCCAGGCAUGACUGCUGAAUGUAUUUAUACAAAUAAAAUGUACUGGACCUCC